AUGGCUGCCAAUAAGAAGAAGACUCGUAAGUUGAGAGGUCAUGUUUCACAUGGACAUGGACGUAUUGGUAAACACCGUAAACAUCCAGGUGGUAGAGGUAAUGCAGGAGGUAUGCACCACCACAGAAUUAACUUUGACAAAUACCAUCCUGGUUAUUUCGGAAAGUUGGGAAUGAGAAACUAUCAUCUUAACAGAAAUACUAGAUGGUGCAAGGCUAUAAAUUUAGAUAAAAUUUGGACUCUUGUAAGCACAGAUACUAGAUUAAGGUGUGCUGAUAGCAAAGAAAAGAAAGCUCCAGUGAUAGAUGUUGUUAGAGCUGGCUAUUACAAAGUUCUUGGCAAGGGUAGAUUACCUAAACAACCAGUCAUUGUCAAGGCAAAGUUCUUUUCCAAGAGAGCAGAAGAUAAAAUUAAAGCUGUUGGGGGAGCUUGUAUUCUCCAAGCAUAAUUGUAUUUCUUCAAUCUAAUAAAUU